AUGGCAUCACCUACGCAUUCAUCGCAUUCUUCCAUCAUGUCAUCCUCUAAACAAUCAUCCCACUCGUCAUUCUCCAUACCACCAACAUUAUUGCCAGGUGUCACUAGCAGCAGCAUAUCCAUCCCUACCAUGACAACCACGCCAACAGCGAUAUCCACUCUAUCACCUGACAUAUCCAAUCCAACACGCAAUACUUCAUUGAUCAUUGGCGUCGUUUUUGGUGUUGUGGCAUUCCUUAGUCUUGUUGGUGGACUAGUAUUUGCAAUCCUCGCUCAUAAACGUCGACGACAAAAGCACAAAGAUAUGGAAUUGUUGUUGAACGACGAAACAUUUGACGAUAAAACACAUUCUGCUGAUGAUUUAUUGGCAAAAAACCACACUGCAAGAGAAAGAGAUUAA